CCGUUGAUGCGUCCCGCGGUGAGGGCCACUCAGGGGACAUGGCUGCGGUGGUGGUCCCGGUGCUGUUCCUGCUGCUGCUGGGGGUCUGCGGGGGCUUGGUGGCGCUCUACCUCCGACACCGCCGUCUGCAGAACAAUUUCACCGCCUUCGCAAACUCGCAUUACAACUCCCGCCUGGGCUCGGCCAUCUUCUCCUCCGGGGACGAUCUGGGUGAUGAUGAUGAAGAUGAUCCCAUGAUCAGCGGUUUCUCAGACGACGUUCCCAUGGUCAUCGCGUAGCAAGACGUCCCUCCAUUAGCUAUUUCUCUCUUCUCUUCUCCCCUUCUCUUCUUCCGUCUGCUUUACUCCCCUUUACUCCCCCUCAGUGGUGCGGUACGACGGAGUGAGGAGGAAGCAGGCGAGCACUCCUCCAUCCCAAAGCCGUCGAAGGGAUACCACCUUAAUUAGCAGGAAACGUGAAGAAAAAUGGAAAAGUGUAAAGAGAGAAAGAGAUAUUUUUCAAAUAUACAAUGCACUUUUUUUGGAUGCGCAAUAACUUAUUUUUUAUAAUGUUAAAUAUAUAUAUAUGGGGUCACAAAAGGACUGGGAGAAAAAAAAAGUGGACACUGAAGCAAACUGUGAAGGAUUUGAGUUUGUCGAGACCCUGUUUGUAAUGCAAACUCACUAUCCAUAGGGCGGUUCAUUGCUUAAAGCCAAAAUAACCAUCCACAGACUGUAACAUAGAAUGCAAAAAAAACACACACAUAGGAAAAAUAAUACAAAUAUAUAGACAAAUGAUGUAUCGAAGAUGUAUGAAAAGAAAAGAUUAGAGCAGUAAUGGUAACAUAUAUUGGUAAAAGCACAAUAUGUACUAUACCAGUAUAUGUUUAAAUUGGUGCCCCGUGUGAGGCCGCCUGACGAGCCAAUCAUGUUUCAUCCUUUACAGAAUCUGAAUAAUGUGUCGAUUUCAAUGAUCACCGGUUUGGAAACUGUCUAUUAUUGUAAACCCAUUAACAAGUCUUUGAAACUUACCUGAAGAGCUGAGUAAUGGGAUCGUCCAAUGGCACCGUGUAGUGACCUCACACCUUUAUUUUUCCACCACCAGCACACACUGUUGUUUGUCUGUAUGUAGAUGCAAAAGAUAAAAGAAUGUUCCUAUCCCCCACAGUGAAAUCCAGAUCAUCGAAUCUAUUUGUAAAUAUUGGCUUUUAAUAUGUCCUCUCCUUGUAAUGCUGCACCAUAAUUCUGUAAAUGUGUUUUUUUUUUUAUCAUUGUGGACCACACAUUUUUCGUCCCCAGCAUUUUGCCAUUGCUGUAGUCGUAGAGAAAGGUUCUCAGGGAACUGUGUCGGAGCGGACACCAGCGCAGCGACACCAUCACCUCCAGGGCUCAGGCAAACUCAUCUACUGCUGGACAGGUACAGAGACCUCUGAAGAGGCACUGGCAGUGACCGGAAGAGGCUGAUUCAGUUCAGUUGUGAUGAAGAGUCAGGUUUGGGCUUGGCAUUGAGUUCAGAAAAAGAUUAAGAGGGUUGAUUCGAUCAUAAAAGAAAACAUGUUUUGACCUAUCUUUAGUAGUGUCUAGUGUUGCAGAUAGCUUCUAGAUGCAUCUGUGAACUUUAACAGCGACCUGUAUUUCCAGAAGCUGUUUGCUAGUUGCUCGAGCUUGAUUUUCACAGGCCUGACUUUCUGAUGCGAAACAAGAACCUCUGAAACUGUUGACACCAUUUCUAAACCCUGGUAUGCAUGGUCAAAUACAUUUAUUAAUCAAGGUACACCAUGUGGUACUGAAGUCUUGUUGAAAUGCUGACUUCUCGUGGGGCUAGCUGACCAUUUACUGUAGGAAGCUCACCAUGGCCUUAUCUUGGCCUUUAACCAGAAACAACGUUAAAGAUCAAGCUUUUUGUUCUCACUUUUAGGUAUUAUUUUUAUAACGAUAUAAAAGUGCUCAUCUUUUGAAUUACAUUUUAGUAAGCCAGAAAACAAAACAUACAAUAUUUAUUUCUGCAAAAAGCUCUCUUGUUCCUAAAGACUGGCUAUAUCAAUGUUCGGUCUGGUCAUUGAUUGACGACAACUCCUAAAAUGAGCUCUGUGCUUGAUUAGCAAAUGAGUCUUAAUUUUCCACGGUAUAGGAAGGUGAUUUAAUUUGCUUUGUUGUCAUUUACCAAGUCAUAAUUGUUUGGUGGAUUUAUUUAGCUUUGAUGAGGGAAUCAAAUUAAUAUGAUGUUUUAAUGGAAAUAACUAGAUUUUUUUACCUAAAAUGUAAUGUUACGGUUAUUGGUGUAACUGGGCCAACAGUUUCUGGAAACAUACAUUCUUUAAAAACAUUUAAAAAUUGUAUUAUUUAAUUCUGUGAGCAACACAUUUUUACUAACCUGCAUUUUAUUGGUGUGGAGGCUGAGAGCCACAUCUCAAAAACUGGUCAGGCGAAACCUUAAAAAGAAAGUCAUGGCUAGACACUAAGUGUUAGUGACAAAUCGUGUUUUUUUGUUAUUUGAAUGGUCCUUUUAAUUAGCAGUUAGUACCAGUUGAGCGAUAAAACAUUAUGAGGAUCAUCGUCUUAGUUCUGCUCGUGCCCCCCAACCUGACACUGGUCUAUGAACAGAUGUUUGGCCUGAGCCAUUUGAACUGAUGGUGUUCUGCUUUCUAUUCACCUUGUUGUUUUGUUUGUUAGGAUGUCUUCAUGAAUGUAUUUUAUAUCUGUACUUUUAAAGUUACUGUCCCAGCUCAUUAUGCUACUAAGUGAAUGCACACUCUCUGGUUUUACUGUUGCUACAGUAACGAUGUAACCCAUUCAAUAUGGACGACAGACUUUGUGUUUGCACUCUGUAGACUGGCUUCUGCAGACGAGUCUUAGUUUGUUCAACCCAAGCCCAAUUCCCCAACCCAGAGCAACAAACUAUUUUUUUCAGGAAGAGUCCAGAUAUUCAUUUUUUGUUUAGUUUACCCAAAAUCAUUAAACAGUGUCUGUUCUGACAUUAAUUUGAAGGUUUCCUCAAGACUUCAGCUUGAUUUCACGCAGCUCUCCACCAUGUUCAUCAUUUAGUUUGUUGGCCUUAAAAUCAGAUGUUCUGGCAUUAAUGCUGUUUUUUGCUCUGUGGAGUUUCUGUUCUCUGAUGUUCUGUUUUGCCACAUAAUGCCUUAUUAGAACACAUUGGGUUUCUAUGUAAUGUACUGUUUGUAUGAUAGAACACAAGUGCACACGCAUGCAAACACACAGUCACACACAACCCUGUACACACAGCUAAGCAGGCGGAAAAGUUGGCUAAUAUUUGGGCAUUUGGUUGAUUUUGUCGGAUCACUGCUCCUUCCUGCGCUGGCUGCUAAGCCGGCCGCUCUAUCUCUUUUUAGUCAGAGUUUACACGUGUACAAAGUUUAAUUAUUGGUUAUCAUGUGACCGUUUGCUCCCCACUUGUCUUAAUGUUGACUCUUGUCAAAUAGUUUGCUUAAAAAUGUUGUCAGAGUUUGAUCAUGUUGGCCAUGUUUGAAGAUUUUAAUGUCUUGCUUGCUUAUCUCGGAGGUUGCAAGAACAAUGAGACGUUGGAGAAACAGUGUGAGGUGUUUUAAAAAAACAAACACUUAUACUGAAAUAAAGUUGCUGAAAAUCAAA